AUGGCUGAUGAUAAAAACCAAGCUCUACCCUACGGAGACAUGAAACUCAUCCAGUCGGAUGGGUCAACCAAUCGACCUCUGGUGUCAAUCAAAGAUAUUCAGACGAAUUUGGUCGGGCAACAGAUAUGGGUUCGCGGGCGACUUCACUCUAGUAGAUGUAAGGGGAAACAAGCCUUCUUCGUGCUCCGUCAACAACAUUUCACUGUGCAAGCAAUAUUGAGAGUUGCUGAGGGAACUCAAGUGACCAAAGACAUGAUAACUUUUGCCGCAGGGCUUCCGAAAGAAUCCAUUAUUGACGUGUAUGGCCUUGUCAAGCAAUCCCCAGUCAAAAUUGAAUCAUGUAGCCAGACAGAUGUAGAAUUAGAACUCAGUCAGGUUUAUGCUGUGAGCCGAUCGGAUGCUCGGCUAGCUGUCCAAAUCGAGGAUCUAUCACGAUCAGAGUCAGAGACUGUCCUCGUCAUUAGGGUCGACCAAGAUACACGUCUCAAUAAUAGAGUUAUCGAUCUGAGAACAGUCACCAACCAAGCCAUCUUCAGAUUCGAAUCGGGCGUAACUAACCUCUUCAGAGAAGCCCUCAACAAGCGAGCAUUCGUUGAAAUUCACACGCCUAAGAUCAUCAACGCGGCUAGCGAGGGUGGCGCGAAUGUUUUCGAGGUUAGUUAUUUCAAGACAAAGGCUUAUCUUGCGCAAUCUCCGCAAUUCUACAAGCAAAUGGCAAUUGCAGCCGAUUUUGAUAGAGUCUACACAGUUGGUGCCGUAUUCAGAGCAGAAGACUCGAACACCCACCGACACUUGACUGAGUUUGUUGGUCUUGAUCUGGAAAUGGCAUUCAACUAUGACUAUCAUGAGGUUGUUGAUCUAAUUGGGAAGACAUUCGUUGAUAUAUUCAAAGGACUCGAGGAGCGAUUCGCAACUGAAAUAGCCGCAGUCCACAGGCAAUAUCCAGCCGAGCCAUUCAAAUACCUCGACGAGACGCUUGUGUUGAAAUUUCCUGAGGCUGUCGAGAUGUUGCGGCAGGCGGGAGCUGAAAUGGGAGACGAGGAUGAUCUCACCACAGCCAAUGAAAAGCUACUCGGAAAGCUGGUACGAGACAAAUAUCAAACCGACUUCUAUAUUCUAGACAAAUUUCCCCUCGCUGUUCGUCCAUUUUACACGAUGCCUGAUCCUCAUGAUAUAAAGUACUCUAAUUCCUACGAUAUGUUCAUGCGCGGAGAGGAAAUCUUAUCGGGCGCUCAGAGAAUUCACGACGAACAGCUUCUGAGGGAGCGAGCCUCUCAUCAUGGCAUUGACCUAGCAACGAUCGAGCCUUAUGUUAAGGCUUUCAAGUACGGCUGCCCACCACACGCGGGUGGAGGAAUCGGACUCGAGAGGGUGGCCAUGCUAUACCUUGGCUUGGACAACAUUCGCAAGACAUCGAUGUUCCCUCGCGAUCCGAAACGAUUGGAACCAUGA